AUGGUUCUAUUUGUGUUAUAUAUGAAGGCAGAAUUCGAGGGCAUUGGUUCCAUCGCCCUCAGAAAGGAUCAAAAUCUAUGCAUCUCGGUUCGAAAUCCAUUAUCCGACUUUGAAACCAGAGAUAAGGUUGUCUUUAAUCCCUCCGAGACUGUGGAACAAGAAGAAGGCGCACGGCAGUCCCCGCAUCAUUUAUCCAUCAAAUGGGAGGGCAACAAAAAGGCUUGCAUGUUGGAAUGCUUGGAUGAGAAAGCCGUCAAAACUGCCCUCAAGAAGAAGAAAUCCAAAGACGUACCAAGGGAUUUGACUGAGGAUGAUAGCGGGAAUUGGGUCCCCAUUUUGGCCAUGGAAUGUCGCGGGUUAGAGCCUUACGCUUUUCAUGCCAUGGGAGAUGAAUUUGUCGUGACGAGUCAAGGUGGUAAGGCAUUUACAGAAGAUGUGGAUCUUAGCGAAGGCGAUUGGGCAGACUACGACGAAGAAAACGAUGCUGCAGUAUCGCUCUCCGAAAUUGAAUUCAAAAUUGAAGGAAUACGAUAA